AUGGCACCAUUCUCGCAAUUACACUUGAUUUCUUUCAGUCUCUUUACCAUCAUAGCGACAGUUCAAGCCGUUAUACCCACAUGCAGCGGUCUCUACGGCCAACCAACUCGCGAGAACUGCAUAUGGCUCGUCGGCGGCCUUGCAGUAGGCUGGCCCAAUACUGACAUCGCCGACUCAGAUUUCUUCUAUGCACUGCGAGACACUCCGAAGCCGGACGAGCUCACUGAAGCUGAGUACCGCAACUGGUUCGAAGUACCGAAGCUCGUUUCGCAUGGAUCCAGAGAGAAGCUCAUCCUCACCCUCUUCGCCCCAAACUCCCAAAUGGACAAAGUCUCUAAGCAGAUUUUGACCCUCAACGCAAAUAUCUGCGCCCUGCAAGCCUCCCAACUCGGCCUCGAUGUCGGCGGCUAUCAGGAUUGCACCGCACCACCAGCCGACGACGCCUUCUACGACUUCCUUGAACAAAACCUCCUGGGCGGGGUCACUGAAUAUUCUGUUAAUCCGCCAGGGACACCCGCGUCCACGCCGUCUCCGAAAUGCGGAGAGCCUUGUUAUGGCGAAAUCAAUCUCUGUAGUACGACGGACUGGUGUAAAUGCCAAGCCGACGCAUUUCAGGGCGUGGGAAGUGCAAGGUUUCAGGGGACCUGUAAAUCGAGUUAUUUCUCGUAUUCAUCGGGGCUGCAUGGGAAGAGGGAGUUGUCGAUGGGGCCGCCCAACUCGUCGGUCGUGGAUGUGAGGGUUCAUAGUGGUGAGCCUCCGCUGUCGGAGCACGAUAUUGCCAAAAGGAUGGCUUUGCCGGUGGCGGCGGAGGCGUCGCUCGAGUUGGCUGUUUGUCCUUGUAAUUGCACGUACGUGUCGAUUGAGUGCUGCAAGUCUGAGAAUAAGGGUAUUGUUUAUGAGGCAAAGGAAAAGAAUCUGGGGGGUUUGGAGCCGCCUGCUGGCCAGUGCUGCGAUCAAGCAACUGGGGCGUUUAAGACCGGCGCGAGGAAUGGGACAGGACCAUCGUGUGUUUGA